AACCUCUCUCUCUCUCUCUUCUGAAAGGGACUCUCUCUCCCAUUCUUUGUACCAGAGAGAGGGAGAGAUCCUGGUCUAGGACCGCACGUGCUGAACCGGUCGUGCACGUGCGAUCUAUAGAUCUGGACCGUCCAUCCGUGGUCUGUUGGGCGCAGGCUCAGCAUUGCCCUUCGAUCCACAGAUAAGCUUAUCCUGGUUCAGGGGCCAUGGGUUCUUACGAGCUCAUUAAGGGCGAUGACAACGGCGUUGGGGAUGUUAAAAAGACUUACAUAACGGUGGAGGACGGGUUCAAAGAGGGCGAGGCAGAAUUGGCCAACGAGAACGCCCAGUUCAGGGAGAACUCUGUCAAAAACGGACAGAAGAAUGUUAUUUCGGUCUCGGAUUCCCCCUUGCAGCAGCGCCUGGUCUCUCUCGAUGUUUUCCGUGGCGUUACGGUCGCGCUCAUGAUACUUGUGGAUCAUGCUGGAGGAGUUAUCUCGGCGAUCAAUCAUUCCCCUUGGAAUGGUCUGACCCUUGCAGAUUUUGUAAUGCCAUUUUUUUUGUUCAUGGUUGGAGUUUCACUUGGGCUUACUUAUAAGAAACUGCCAAACAAGAUCGUUGCUACUAGGAGGGCAAUUUUGCGAGCUCUGAAGUUGUUGUUUUUGGGUCUAAUGCUUCAAGGAGGAUACUUUCAUGGUGUCAAUGAUUUAACUUAUGGUGUUGAUCUCAAUCGCAUCCGGUGGAUGGGCAUACUUCAGAGAAUAGCGAUUGCUUACUUUCUGGCUGCAAUUUGUGAGAUUUGGUUGAAGACUGAUGAUGAUGCGAAAUGUGGACUUGACUUAGUAAAGAAAUAUCGGGGCCAAUUGUUGGUGGGUUUUGUGCUUAGUGCACUGUAUAUGUCCCUGUUAUAUGGUUUGUAUGUGCCUGAUUGGGAGUAUCAAAUUCCUGUGGACGGUUCUUCGAAUGCCACAAAAACAUUCUCUGUGAAGUGUGGAGUUAGGGGUGAUACUGGACCUGCUUGUAAUGCUGUUGGUUAUAUCGAUCGAACACUUAUGGGACUGCAACAUCUAUAUAGAAAGCCAACCUAUGCACGAACAAAGCAUUGCAGCAUUAACUCCCCGGAUUAUGGUCCGCUACCUUCUGGUGCCCCUUCAUGGUGCCAAGCUCCUUUUGAUCCUGAGGGUCUUUUGAGUACGGUGAUGGCUGUUGUGACUUGCUUGAUUGGUUUGCACUAUGGACAUAUUCUAGUACAUUUCAAGGAUCACAAAGAGAGGAUCUUGCAAUUCACAAUUCCUUCUUUUUGCCUUGUGGUCUUAGGGUUUUUGUUGGAUUUAUGUGGCAUGCAUUUGAACAAGGUUCUUUACUCAUUCAGUUACACCUGUGUUACUGCUGGAGCAGCCGGCAUUUUCUUUGCUGGAACUUAUGUGCUGGUUGAUGUAUAUGGGUACAGGCGGCCAACCAUUGCCGCAGAGUGGAUGGGGAUGCAUGCACUGAUGAUCUACAUUCUGGCUACCUGCACUGUUGUUCCAGUUUUCCUUCAGGGAUUCUACUGGAAGACUCCUCACAACAACAUUCUAUCUUUGAUUGGUGUUGGCUCCUGAAGAUCUGCUAAAGCAUGCCCAUUUUGGAGGACUUUGGGGAAGGGUACACAGGAGCACACAAUCUCACUACCCAAGUAGUCCUCAUAAUCGGAUUUUGUCUCAUCAGAUAAAUGGAAAGGUUUAGCCUCUUGUCUCUUGUACAUGUAAAAAACAGGCAACAGGCUUGGUCUGACCUUGAACCCUUUUAUUUAGUGUUGACGGGGGUCUCGGUGCAUCCAUUCCCAUUAUUGUAAAGACCUGAUUACAUGAAGAGAAUUCAGCCAAUUUUUGAAAUAUAUAAUAUUAGAAAUUCAAGAAGCCCUUAUUAUUCAA